GAGGUGUGUUUUCUGAGAGUCACGUGGGUGAGUGAGGCUGUAGGGGGAUCCUUGGCUCCUCGUGGUGAAACAGAAAGAAAGAUCAGGCUCGGGGCUACGUGUUGAUAUUUCUUUGCAUAAUUAUGAGGGGGGUGUAUCGCGUGCUGUAGGAGGCUGUUGUGGCGCUGCUGGUGGGACCGGGGGUUUAGUUUUAGGGGCUGAUCGGAACCGGAUUGUGACGGGGUCUCUGGAUCCUUGAUGUGGGAGUCCAUUUCCGCUCUGUAUCGGUUGUUCUUCCUGGUGGUGGUUGUUGGUGGAGGAGGACUCGGAUAAAGUAGCAGCGCAGCGGCGGCGGCACCUCUCUCUCAGCAGCAGUGAGCUUUACGGUAUGAUCUCGACCCGGAGGAAGCAGCUCAGCCUCGCGGCCGCACUGUAGAUCAUCCAGCGCUCCGUCCAUCACUCGCGCGACAGGGCUUUAGAUUUUGCACGCAUGCAUUUUAAUGCUGAUUAGGUGAAUGCAUGUAGUCCAAAAUGCCCGACUGCUGUGCCGCAGCGGAGUGUAAGCAGAGCACAACUCAGCCCAACGUCUCCUUCUUCAGGUUCCCUCUGGACGCUGAGAGAUGCAAACAAUGGGUGGGUAACUGUGGCAGACCAGACCUUCAGAAGAAAUCCCCAGAAUACUUACACAGACACUUCAAACUGUGCUCCAAACAUUUCGAAGCAUCUUUUAUAAACAAGGAAAGCCAACUAAAGUGUGUAUUGAAGGAUGACGCCGUUCCAACUAUAUUUCAAUCCAAAACCAACAAAGACAGUAUACAGACCAGCGGCAGAAAGAGAACAAGACAGACGGCUGCAGAGGGUCCGGUCAAAGCAAAAAAGACAAAAGAUGAUCCUCAGCCUGAAGUCGCAGAGCAGAGUGUGAAAGAAGAGUCAGAAGACAACAGUGUAGCGCAGAAUCCCGUGCCAGUUGAACCAGAAGAGGAGGAUCCUGCUACUUCCAAAGCCAAGGAAACGCUGAAGGUUUACUUCAAGGAAACUUUAGCUUUGACUGGCUUCAGCAUUGUUAACAAUGCUACUCUCAGUGCUACAACGUCGAUGGGGAGUGGUCCUGUUGGGCAGCUUAACCCCAUCUGCGCAGACAAAAUUGAGUCAAAGGAAGUUCUGAAAUUAGGAGAGGAUGUGAUGCGCGAGGAGAUCCGCAACAGUUUGCGCUUGGCACGCUUCUUCUCCAUCCUUCUCCAGGAUAAGACCAAUAUUGAGGGCAAGGAUCAGAUCCCUGUCUUCAUCCGCACUGUCACCAACGAUGGCUUUCCACAGAAGCACCUGAUGGGGUUUCUUCCCUGUGACUUGGAUUCGGACAAUCUGUUCCUAAUGCUGGUGUCAGAGAUUCGCAACAAAUGGGGGCUGCGGAUGGAGCACUGUCGAGGAUUUACUUACCUGACGACAGGUGAUCUGUGUCAGAAGCUGAAGGAGCUCUCUUGUCGGAUGCUGAGAGAUUUUCCACAGGUGGUUCUUGCUCCCAGUGACCCUUAUGCGUUCAACAUGUGGCUGAUACGUUCCAUGCCUGUCCUCUCCAUACAGGAAGUGGUUGAGACUUUAGAGGAGGUUGCUGCCGUUUUGAGGCAGUCUUCGACACUGAUGAAGAAACUGCACACUAAGAUAACUGCAACAUACGGUCACAUCAAAGGCGAGGUGGAUCGCGUCAAAGAGUCUUGCCAGAACAACUGGGAAUAUGGCACAGAUGCCUUCCAGACCAUGUUGGACAUUCUGGAGCCUCUUUUGAGCAGCAUCGGAGAGAUGUGCACUAGCGCUUUAUCGGAUGUGGACACAGCUAUUGUGGAGCAGCUGCUCAAGCUUAAGGAGAAGCUGAAGAACUUCAACUUCAUCAUCUCCCUGGUGGUCCUGAAGAACACACUGUGUUGUGUAAGCAUCCUGAACCCUAGCCUGAGAGGAAUAAUCAGCAUCAGCAGUACUUUGCAAUACACUAUCUCCAAUGCCUUAAAGCUACUCAACAAGCACUUGCAGGAAAUUCCCAUAUUUCACAGAAAGUGGUUCUCUGAUGCCGUAGGUCGAGCUAAAAAGCUGGGAGUGAUGGUCCCUGUCCCAGUGGACAUUGCCACAAAUGGUGACGCUGACACAAAGCCACACCCCUCACCCGAGGAUUACUACAGAGAAACGCUGAGCAAGAAGAUCCUGCAGUAUCUCAUAGAUGAGGUUAAGAGGGUUCUUGGCAUCGAGAUGGUCAGAAUCCUAAGGUGGCUAUCCUUGGUGCCGUCGUACAUGGCUGACCACAACUUCAGCAUCCGCAAGGACAAGGUGGCCGAUGCUAACCUGAACAACCUGGCCCGCCCAGACUCCUUCUAUGAUGAGCUGGGCUGCUGGGAGGUGAAGUGGAGGCAUGCCAGCAAGCGGAGGAUACUGCCCACUAGUGUCUUCGCCACCUUAAAAAUACCGGAUAUUGGCUUCUAUCCCAACGUGCAGAGCCUGCUAAGGGUCCUGGGUUCGAUUCCUUGCAUCAAUGCAGAUGCAGAUGUGUAUGGACAGUAUGACAUGGUCCUAGAGAGAUAUCAUUCCUACAUGAAGGAAGUUCCAGCCGAGCAAAGACUGUGCAACAUGGCAUUUGUUUACAUCAAUCAGGAUGUGCAUGUCAACAUUGAGGAUAUGGUGCAGUCAUAUGUGGAGAAUCAUCCAGAGACCCUGCAGCUACUUUGUAAGGAUGAAAUGAUGGAGGUUCAGCCAUCAGCUCCAGAGAACAAUGCAAACGAUGCAUCAAAGGAAGAAAUGGAAGAGCCAAGGGAAAUGACCUUGAACAUGGAAUUGGAGAGACCGAAACCAGCUGACUGUACAGGGACUGAUAAAGAGGCAUUAAAAUCAGCCUUGCAGGCUGCUAUCACAGCAGCCUUUAAUAGCCAAAGCAGGCAGUCUCAGGGAGGCCAGGAGGGGGAGGUGGAAUAUGUGACCAAAUCAGAAAUGAACGAGGUUUUGAAAGUAUGUGAGGAAGUUGUACGUGAGCGUAUUCUCUCUGAAAUUGGGAAUUCUUUUUUCUCCCUGUUCAUCGAUCGAGCAGUGAGGUUUGGAGAUGCAGAGUUUCUGCCCUUGUUUCUCAGGUUUGUGGACAGUUUUGAUGUUAUGCGACUGGAACUGAUGGGUUUUGUGGACAUGAACCUUGAUACAGAAUCUAUGUGCGAGCGUCUUUUCGACCUUGUCACCAAAGAGUGGCAUCUUAAUUUGAAAUAUUGCAGAGGCCAGGCUUAUUUGGGUUCUGGGGAAGUCGCCUACAAGCUCAAGGCUUUCGCGUGCAAAGUACAAGAAACUCAUCCUCUUGCGAUUUGCACUCAUUGUUCUUGUUACUCCUUUAACACAUGGUGGUCAAGAUCUGUGCCUGUGGCCUCAGUCAGCAGAGCCAUUGAUGCAUUAGAGAAGCUAGUGUUGUUUUUCAGCAGCACGCCAGACCUGGAGAGAGAGCUAGACCAGGUUCUAGCUGUUGGUCUGAGGGAGAGCUAUGAGAAGGUCAAUGAACUUCAAGGGACUUUCUGUUCCUCUUGGAUGGAGAAACACGACUCUUAUGAUGUCUUUGCUCAGAUUCUGGAACCUUUAGCACAGUGUCUAGAGUCAUUACAGAGUGGCAGUCCACAGAUGUGGAGCUUAUCUGUGAUCAACCAAGCAAAGAAACUCCUGCAGCUGAUUCGGGACUUUGACUUCAUUGUAGCUGUAGUUGCCCUGAAGAACGUCUCUUCCUUUACCAGAGAACUGAGUAUGGCUCUACAGAAAGACCACUUUAGCUCUGCCUCACAGCUCUGCCAGAUCGGUGGCAUUGUAGCCACGCUCAACCGAGUCAAGACCAACAUCAAAGUAUUCCACCAAAACUGGUUCGAUGAAGCCUGCACCUUCGCUCAAAGCUUGGGGGUGCAGGUUAAAGUGCCUGAUACUUUAACAGUUUCCAGGGAUGGUCUCCUUAAACCUGGUGGAUACUACAAAGAUGCAGUGAGUCUCCCCUUAGUUGACCACCUUAUCAACUCUGUCAAAGACCACUUCUCUGAUGACCAUAAAGAGGCGCUUAACUUCCUAUCCCUAGUCCCAUGUUCUGUGACCAUGAGCUACACGUUCGAAAGCCUGAAGUCAAAGCACCCACUGUAUGUUGGUGACCUACCAGACCCUACCAACUUCUUCACAGAGUUGUCAUGCUGGAAGGUGAAAUGGAAGACCAAAAUAGUUUCUCCGACUGUACCGGACACUAUUUUUCAGACUCUUCGCUUGCCUCUCAUGCAGUACUUUGCCAACAUUAACACCUUGCUGAAAAUCAUGUGUGUGUUGCCGAGCACUGCGCUGGAGCACUGCGGAGAAGUGAAUCGUCAUAAAAUGUUUCAAGACUACCUGAAGAACACCUAUGCCAAGGAUAGGUCUCUGUGUUUAGCCAUGCUACAGUUGGGAGUAAACUUUAACCGGGAUCUGGAGAAGAUGGUUGCCCAGUGCUUGAAGGUCACCCCAAAGACAUUGGAAGGCAUCUGCCUGGACAAAGAGUCAAAAACUCGCGUCAGGAAUUCUGAUGUCAAUGAGGACGCAGAAAACCACAAAAACAUUAAGGAGGACAUGGAAAUUUUGGAGGUUUUCUCAAAAGAAAAAGCAUUAGAAAUAUUUCCAGAGUCUAAAGAGGUAUAUGCAGAAGUAAACAACCACAAAGAGGCUGAAGCAAUGGACGUACAGCAGCAGCAACUGGUGUCCGAAGCAGCUGUGGAGGACCAGCAGAUGAAGCCUUUGGAUGAGAAUGGCCACUCGGCAGACAAUCUUCAAAGCAGUGAAAGGAUCUUUAGAUUGGCUGCCAAAAUAGCCAGAAGAAACUGCCUAAUUUCAGACCUUCCGAAAGAGGAGCAAGACUUUAUUCUUCAAGAGCUUGGUACAUGUCACUGGGACCAAGGGAACAUCAAGUUUUUGUCAGAUGGGGAGAUCCUGGAGUAUAUUGUUAAAUCAAUCAGGGAUACAGUCCUCGCUGAGGUUCAAGAGUCCCCAUUCUUUUCCAUCAUCACUGAUAAGUUAGUGUCAGUAGAUGACAAGAAGUACAUUCCUGUCUUUGUCAGAUUUGUUGAUGACUGCACACCAAAAGUGGAGCUGUUUGGAUUCCUGCCCUUUGAAAGUUCUGAUGCAGAUGUGCAAGCCAAGACACUCUCAGAUAUUCUAACAGAGGAAUGGGGACUCCAGAUGGCUUAUUGCCGUGGCCAGUCCUUCAUGUGCAUGGGUGCUAGUAGUCAGAGUCUCAGAAAAAUGUCCAUAGAUUUCUUGGCCAACUAUCCACUUGCUGUCAAUACACCUAGUGAAUCGUGUGGCCUUGCCUAUUGGCUGGCUGGCAGCCUUCCUAAUGAUCCCAUCACCAAAGUUCUUGGGGUGGUUGAAGACCUGUUACUUUUCUUUGAUCAGUCACCAAGAUUGCAUAUUGAGCUUGCUCAGACUAUGGAGGGACUCUUGAAUACUCCAAGGGAAGCUCUUGCAGAGGUUCCAGAGACCUGUUUGUCAAGGUGGAAGAAGAUGGAGGAUUUCUUUGACAUUCUGGUGGAUAUGCUGGAGGGAGUCCUCAGUUGCUUGGACUCGGUUAGCAACAAUGCCAAUGGUUCAUGGAGUAAUAGCAUGUCCAUACAUGCCCUAAUCCUCUCUACAGCCAUUAGGGAAUCUGAUUUUGUCAUUCCUCUUGUUAUCCUGAAAAACGUCUGUGCUCCUCUGCGCAACUGUAGCACGGUGUUCCGUUGUGGAAAUCCAGCUGAUAUCAUCUUUGAGCUGGAAAAGAUCCCUCAAAUAGUAGAGACCUUGAGUAAGACACUGGAGAACAUCAGUGCAGUCCAUACUACCUGGUUUGAGGAGGCGGUGCAGCUUGCUGCUAAAGUUUCGGGUGGAUUGUCCUACCCAGAGACGGUUGUCGGCUAUGAUUCACCAGAGGUGGGCUACAGAGAAGUUGUCAGCAGACCUGUCCUGAGUGGUUUGAUUGAAGAAGUGAAGUUUAACUUUGAUGAUUGUCACUUGAAAGCCCUCAAGGUUCUCUCUCUGCUUCCUACUUGCAACCCUCUGCCUAUUCUUCCGGAGGCACCAGAUAAACUCUACACCAUCUAUCAAAGUGACCUACCUGAACCAGACAUGGCAGAAGAAGACAUCAAUACCUGGGCCACUGCUUGGCGUGAAAAAUAUCAAGACACCUCACCACCUGCCUCCAUUUCGGAGACACUUCACCAUCCUGAGGCUAAAAGUCACCCUAAUGUUACAGCUCUUCUGAAGCUUGUCGCUGUGCUUCCUAGCAUAAGUAUGGAGUGCGAUCUGAUGAAAACCACUCUUAACUCUAUGAGGACCCUCCUCAGGAACGAGAUUAUCUGCAGGGGCAGUAAGACCAACACUGUACUGCUCCUGAUGCAUCGACAGAUUCUGCAGACCUUGGAGGAAGUGAUCGACAUGUGUAUGGAAAACGACCCAGAGAGUCAUGGCUUUCUUUCUCAAAUGAAACAGAAUGUGGGUUAUAUGAGAAUGGAUGGUGAAAUGGUUGAGGUACAUCAUGAGGUAAUGGCCAUUGCGACCAAUGGUUCUGGUGGUUCACAGGAAGAAACAGGCGCUGCUCCAACUAUUGCAGGAGACCAGCCUGAAAAAGCUCAGUAUGACGGAGACACUGUACAUGUCCAGCCAACAACUGCGAUUCCAGAUGGCACAGAAAGUUUAACCACAGCAUCUGAGAACCAGUCAGCAGACCUGAGCAUCACAACAGGAUCUGUAACAGAAGAGAACGUUAUCACAUUGAGUCUCACUCCAUUAGUGCAAGAUGUCACAACAGAGGUUCCACCAGAUGCAGUGGCCCAGAGUGAUGGUAGAGACGCACCAACAGUAAUGGCAGCCCAGGAUCUUACUACACAGUCUAUUGAAUCACUCACUGAGACUGUGCAAAAUGUCACCACAGGGCAUGUGGAAGCAGCAGAGGUCUUCACUCUGGAGCUUAUGUCAGAACCACAGGUUAAUAUGGAAGAAUCUGUAACAGAAGUGUCACCUCAUGACUCUGCUCCUACUACAGACUCUGUAACAGAAGCCCAGGUUGUAACCUCAGACUCUGUUACAGCUGCAGCAGUUGUCAUGCUGGAACUCUCAGCCUCACAAGGCAUUACCACAGAGCCUGAAAUGGAGUCUGCAGUCCAGGAUGUCGCCAUAGAGCCUGAUGCAGCAGCAGAUGAUGGCACCAUGGAGUUUACAGAAGAAGAACAUUGCAUAGCCAUACAGCAUGCUGUUGACACACCUCCUGUAGCUGCAGAACUAGCAGCUCAUACUGUACCUACAGAUCAUGAAACAAUAGCUGAGGAUGCCUCCUUGAACCCUGGAGAGGGUCAAAGGCUCUCUUUGGACGCGGUGCCUGUGACUGAAGCAGUAGCAGUAGAAGGUGUUGCAAUAGACUCUGUACAGACAGAACAUGGUGAAACUACAGAAAGUGUUACAGCAGCUCAAAGUGUAACGUUGGCCGAGCAAGAACCAGCAGCCCAGUACGUCAUCCCAGAAACUGAUGUGGAAGCGACAGUCCAGCGUGUAACUGCAGAGCCUGAUUCAGCAGUCCAGAUAAUUGCUCCGGAAUCUGUAAUGGAAGCAGUAGUUGAAGAUAUCUCCAUGGACCUCCCAGAAGUAGAAGCAGGUGCUGUUCCUGUAACAGGACAGAAGUAUGACGAGGAUGUCCCCAUGGAGUUUGCAGAUGAAGCAGAGGCACCAGUCACCUCAGAGACUGUAUCAACUGAGAAUGUGGUACUAGAUGUAUCAGAAUCAAUCUGUGUCAAUAUAGAGGAUCCUACCUCAGCCAGUAAUGGUACAAAGGAACUUGUAGAAACUGAGCAAGGUGAUGGUACAGAACCUUGUCCACCAGUCCAGAGAAUCACCACAGAACCUGUAAUGGAAGCAGUAGGACAGCAUGUUACCACCGAGCCUAAUGCAGCAGCUGAAGAUGUUCCUAUGGAGCUCCCAGGAGUAGAAGCGUGUACUACUGCUGUGCCUGUAACAGAACCACCAGCCCAGGGUGACGCACCAGAGCCUGAAAUAAAAGCUGAGGAUGUCCCAGUCAGACUCCCAGGUGAAGAAAGGAGUGCUUCCCCAAUGCCUAUACCAGCAGCCCAGGAUGUCCCCAUGGAGCUCCCAGCAGAAAUGAAGGUUACUGUAACAGAGCUUGUAACAGAAUCUUUUACUCAGAAUGUCAUCUCUGAGUCUGUCGCAUCAACUGAGAACGUUGUACUCAACUUAUCAGAACAUACGAAGGUUCUCACCUCAGCCAGUAAUGUUACAGAGGAGCCUGUAAAAACUAACCCAACAACCCAGAGAAUUGCCACAGAGUCUGUAAUGGAAGCUGCAGUUCAACAUGUAACCACAGAGCCUAAUGCAGCAGCUAAAGAUGCCCCCAUGAAACUCGCAGAUGUAGAACAGUGUGCUUUCCCAGAGCCUGUAACAACAUCCCAGGAUGUCUCCAUGGAGCUCAUAGAAGUAGAUCAGUGUACUGCUACCGUCCCAGUAACAGAACCACUUACCCUGAAUGUCACCUUAAAGCCUGUUGCAUCACCUGAGGAUGUUGCACUGGAUUUGUCUGAAACAACCCAUGACCGUACAGAGGCUAAUAGUGCAACCAGUAAUUUCAUAGGAGAACCUGUAAAAACUAAGCAGGCUAGUGUUGCAGCAUCCCAGGAAAUAAACCUUGAGCUAGCCCAAGCCAUUAUUCCUAACUCAGCAGCCAACACUGAAAUGCAAGAACAAGUGUCUUUGCAGGAUGUUUCUAUGGAACCAGAGCAGGCCCAGAGUGUCCCUUCAGAAUGUGUAGAAUCAGUGCCAGAGGUUGCUACGGAGCUUGCAGAAGCUCAGGGUGAGGCUGUGGAGCUUGUACUUUUACCCCAUGUUGCUUGCAGUAUGACCACAGUGGUAGUGCAAGAAGGAGUAUCAGAAGAAACGAGUGCCCUGACAAGGAACACCUCAGAAAAUAUCACAACAGAGUCCCAAGCAGAUGUACAAAGUCUUGCCACAGAACCCAAAGUAGCAGUUCCAGAAGUUUCCACAAAGCCUGUACAAGUGUCCCAAGCAGAUGUGCAAAAAGUCACCACAGAACCCAUAGUAGCUGCUGUAGAUAUCCCCACAGAACCUGCAUUAGCAACUUGCAAAGUCCCAGAACUCAUGCCUGCAGUUCCAGCCAUUCCUACAGAGCCUAUGAAAGAGCCUGGAACAGAUGUGCAAUAUGUUACCACAGAACCCCUAGUACCUGCCAUGGAUAGGCUUACAGAGCUUGCAUUAGCUGCUUGCAGUGUCAAAGAAUUUGCAUCAGCAGUCCCAGAUAUUCCUACCCAGCCUGGUGAAGAUCCUGGAAUAGAUGAGCCAGUUCCUGCCCAGUGUCCCACUGUACAACCCAUAACACCAGUCCCAGACAUUAGCACAGACCCUGCCACAACAGUACAGAGUGUUACCAUUGAGUCCACAGUAGCAGUCCAAGAUAUCAACAUGGAGUCUGUUUCAUCAGAACAGCCAAACAACAUGGAGUCUGUUUUAGAAGUUGCCACUGCUGUGGGUGUAGCCAUUGAAACUGCAGAGGUUAAAAAUGUUUCCUCAGAACCCAUGCCCAGUCCAAAACCCAUUUUAGAAGCCCCAGAUGCCAGUAUGCCACACACUGCAAUCUCUCCAGAUGUGACAAUGGACACUGUAGUAGCAGUUCAAGAUGUAGUCAUGGAGUCUGUAAUAGAAACCCAAGAUGUCUCUAAAGAACCCCUAGCAGUGGUAGAGGAUGUUAUAAAAGAACCUGGCACAGAUGUCCAGGAUGUCACCAUGGAGGCAGUCGCAGAAGAGCAGGAUGUCUCCUUGCAAGUCACUGUCGACCAGUGUGCCUCUGUGGAGCACAUAGCAGUAGCCCAAGAUACUAAAUUAAACAAUGAAAGUCAAGAUGUUAGCAGUCAGGUCAGCACAGCCCAUCAAGAUAACCAACGUCAACAGCUCAUAGCUGUCACUCAAGCUGGUACUACCCAGGCAUCCACAUCAGAUCAUUCUGCCAUUAGUCCUGCCAAUUCAUCUUCUCAGUGUAGUUUGGAUAAUAGAAAAACAGUAACAGUCACGGAUGUUGCUGACCAAACUAAAUCAACUGUUCAGGAAAGUAUUGAUCAGUCCUCUGCAGUAUCUCAAGAUGACACUGGUCACCCCAAAGUAGUCAUACAAGAAUCAGAUCAGGAUGACCUUCACCAGCCCAUGGAGAUUACUCAUGAUGAGACUGUACCUCAUAGAGUUUUAUUUUUCUUUGAUGGCCCUGUUCAAGAGACAUUGGUCAAAGAAUAUGCAACUUCAAAGUUUUUUUCUAUCUUAUUUGAACAACAGGUUGAAGUUGAAGGUCAUCCAUAUAUCCCUGUAGGAAUAUGCUAUAUGGACAAAGAGACACUAUGUGAGGAUACGUUGGCUCUUGUCCUUCUUGACAAAGACGUUAAUGUCUUCGCUGAUGCUAUGACCACAGUCCUAACUGAGAAGUUUGGUUUGAACUUUGCAUUCUGUCGAGGGCAAAGCAUACUGACUGUAGGGGUUGCAGGUGCACAGAUGAAAGCAGUGGCAUCAUUGAUAUCUCAGAGGUACCCACAGGCUGUAUGUACACUAAACUCUUCACUGUCUCUCAACGUAUGGCUGGCCAGAUCCUCUCCAGUCACAGAGAUUGCAGACUGCUCCAUGUGGGUUGAGAAGCUGCUCCACUGGUUGACCGAAGAUGCUGAGAAACAGGCUAAGUUACAAAGCACAGUCAAGUCCUUGUUUAAACAAGAGGUAAGCAAGUAUACAGAACUGAGUGAUAAGUUAACCAGAAGCCAAUGGGACAGGAGCCAUGAUGUCCUUGAUUUUGCAGUAGAAAUUCUAGAAGCCAUAAUGCUCUGUUUGAAAGAGAUGAAGGAAGACCGUGGCAACCAGGCAGUAAGAGCACAGGCCAUUCAUUUUCUCUCCAUUUUUCAGAACUUUGAGUUCAUCCUGACAGUGGUAAUAUUGAAAAACAUCUUAAGUCUCACCAAAAAUAUAAGCCAGAGUCUCCAGGGUGGAUCUCUUGACUUAUGUCAAGCUGGGAACAGCCUGCCUGAUCUACUUUCCACGCUGAAGGAUGUUACCAUAAAUAUUGACAGUCAUCUUCAGACAUGGCUGCAAGAGACACUGGUACUAGCUUCCAAGUUGAAAAUCAGUGUUCACCACAGUAUUCAGCCGGUGAUUAUGCACUACAGAGAUGUUGUAAGCAAAGGAGCAGUAACGUACUGUGUUAACGAGAUAACUGCGCUUUUCUCCAGCAGUGUUCUGUCAGCUCUUCGCUGCAUGCAGGUUGUGCCUUAUGUCAUAUCCAAGAUGGAAGGAGGCUGCAUUGAUGUUGAGCCUUUCAAGGUAUACCAGGAAGAACUACCUGAAUGGGGCUCUCUGCAGGUGGAGCUACAAAAGUGGAGGGAAAAAUGGAUGGCAAGCUUGGCUGCUCAAAGUCCCCUCCCCACCUGCAUCCUAGACACCCUCAAGGCCACAGAUACAAUGUCCUUUCCCAACAUUAAGACGAUUCUUCAGCUCCUGGUGGUCCUGCCCUGCUGCAGAGGGGAGUGGACUACUAGACAGGGGAAGAAGAGUCUAAUAGACUUUAUCCAACAGCGUCAGACAACCUUACCUGUGCUGUAUCCUUCGUAGAGGUUUGCCCUCAACUGCUCGCAAACUAGCUUUUCAUUAGGGUGUCCAAAACUGCUGAAGUCCUCAGUGACCCACUGUAUCCACCUUUAUUGUUCAAAUCUGAGCAUAGGUUUCUGUAGGCUUUUUUUAUUAGAAAAAUGAUUUAGACUUGUACACUAAGUAUAAUCUAAUAAUUGUAUGUUUUAUUUUGUUCGGUCUUAUUUUUUCUUUGUGAUGUGGAAUAAGAAAAAGGACUGCCUAUUGGGGACCAAUGUCUUGCCAAAAAAAUUAAAAAAUGCCCUCGGAGGGCUCUAAUGCUUUUGUGCCUUUAUGCAAAACACCCUGACUCUUGGAACAUGAAGCGUCGGAUGUCUGAAAAAAUGCUUUCAAGCCAGGCUUUUUGGAAGCUUUCCAGCAUCUUCAGGAACUUUUAAGCAUUUUUUGUCAUGUAAAUCCGAUAAGAUACAUUACGAGUAAGGACACAUUUAGGCAGGUUGCCUAUGUUUAAAUGAAAAACCCAUACAUUUAAAAUGGCUGCAUCAUGUCACAAUGUCAACCCAUGGCACAAAUUAAAAUGUUAUGUUUCAUUGUAUGUCACAGUUUUAAUUUGUUUGCAGUUUGAUUUAGAAAAAAUAAUUUCUGUAAACAUUCUCUCCCAUAAGCCCUCCUCGUGAAGGACGCAUUCAUAUAUAUUUGACUAAAAUAAACAAAUAAAAAAAUUUACAUGAA